ACAAACAAUCUGUCACAUGUGGUACGCUAUACAUUGAAUAUAUUAAAAUUUGUAGCGUCUAUGUACCAUAAUUCUUGUAGGACCUAAGCUAUAGCCUAUGCUGCCUAUAGUUAAAUCCGGCCAUGCUUGCAUCUAUUAGUAAGUGAUUAUUUCUGAACGCGCCCAAACCUGCAGUGAGUAACUGGAAUACAUACAGCGUUUGCUCUUUGGGCAAAAGAAAAAUCCAUUUGGAUCAUGCCUGAUAAUGAUUUAGACCUUCUUUUGAUUGGAAAAACUGGCAAUGGAAAAAGCUCUACUGGAAAUACAAUACUUGGCAGAAGAGUUUUCAAAAGUUCGCCGAGUUUCACAUCUGUCACCAAGCAUGUUCAGUUUGAUUAUAGCGACUACAAUGGGCGAAUUAUCAAAGUGGUGGACGGUCCUGGCAUCGGAGACACUGACAUGAGCAAGGAAGAUGCCAUGAAUCUUGUCAUCGACGCAAUGAAGCAUGCCAUAGCCGCCAACCCACAGGGAUAUCACGCCUUUCUACUAGUUGUCAGAUUUGGAGUUCGAUUUACAGAAGAAGAUAAACAAACGAUUCGUUUGUUAAAACAUAUUUUUGGUCCGACAUUUGUUGCUGAUCACUGCAUCUUGGUGAUGACAGGGGGAGACAGCUACAGCCCGGAAGAAACUGGAAUGGAUUCUUUUGUAGACUGGUGCAGUACGCAACAAGGGGAAUUUAAAUAUCUUCUAGAAGAGUGCAAACAAAGAUUUAUCUUGUUUGACAACAAAACUAAAGAUCCCAUGAAGAUCAAGCUUCAAAUCUAUGAUCUGAUCAAGCUUGUUGAUAAUUUAAACCGCAAGAGAUACACCGACAGUCACUUCCAAGCAGCUGAACAUAAGAGAAAUUCAAUUUUAGUGGAAGCCAAGAUUCCGAUGAUAAAAGAGGAGAGUAUGAGAGAGGCCAGUCUCAUUCUGCAACAGUUGAGCCACGUUCAACUUGACCAACCAGAGAGACAGAUGGAACUUUUAAAAAGUUUGGACACAAGAGCUAAAAAUCUGAUAUCAAGCAUUAGAGCUCAAGACAGACAAACAGGGGUUCUCACAGAAAUCAUACAAAACACACAGCGCAUAGUCGAAUGCGUUGAAGAACAGUUAGAAAGUACCGAAAACGCCUUGAAGAUUCAAGCUCUCAGGGAAGAGCACAGGAAACGUCUGGAAGAGCUGAGAGCCGAAAGAGAAAAAAUGAGACUUGAAGCCGAGGAGGAACUGCGACAUGAAACAGACAUGAAAAUCCAAGCCCUUGAGAAGGAAGAUGAAGAAAAUAAUUCUAAGAUUAAACAAAUGGAAAGAAAGCUACAGGCAGAUACGGAGGUAGUCCAAGAAGAAUUUCUCGAGGCCAAAGAAAACUCAGCGUGGGAACUCAUAAAACUACUUGGCUCUACUUUAUUGUCAGCAGUAGCGCCCGCAGCGAUUGCCUUCCUCAAAGCAUGGGCCACGAAACGUUAGGGUUCAAUCACACUUACAUGGAAAAACGGACAGUUUCUGAAACCUCUAUCAAAUCCAAAUAAUUUUCUCAUAUCCAGUUUUUGUUUUGUUAAAUACGAGUAAAACUUUUUUGAUUCCUAACACCCUUUUGAAUCACAAGACUUUAAUUCAACCAAAGCAAAGUCGAAAUAAGGAAGAACUUCCAUGAAAUUCCUGUACAUAAGCUUCAUGUGUAUUUUAAUUAUAUUUUUUGUUACAUAAUGAUGAAUAUACCAUAAUAAAAGCAUCAUUUCUUGUAUAUA